AUGCUCGCUACUUCUACCAUCAAACGUCUGCCUCUGCGAAGAUUGGCUGCCAGUGCCGUAGCUGUACGAGCUCCUACACAAGCAAUCCACCGUUCUCCCACCUUCUCCCCACCAUCCUCAUCCAGAUUUGCGAGAUCCGCCAUGUCUGCUCCCUUCUCCACCUCGACUUCCACAAAGUCCUCUGCUCCAACAGGCGCACCUGCUGUCGAGUAUGACCCUGAGAUUUCCGACAUUGCCAGCUACGUUCAUAACUUCAAAAUCGAUUCCGAAGUCGCCUUGGACACUUCCCGCUAUAUCCUCCUCGACACCAUUGGGUGUGGUCUUGAAGCUCUGAGGUUUCCUCAAUGCAGUGCCCUCCUCGGUCCGUUGGUCGCUGGUACAACCGUUCCUAAUGGAACACGAGUUCCGGGUACACCUUUCCAGCUGGACCCUGUAAACGGGGCCUUCAACAUUGGUGCCAUGAUCCGAUGGCUCGAUUAUAAUGAUUGCUGGUUGGCUGCCGAGUGGGGCCAUCCUUCGGACAAUUUGGGUGCCAUUCUUGGUGUUGCCGACUGGAUUGCUCGAACAAACAAGGCUGGAGGAAAUGUUGCAGGAGGCAAGGUCCCCACCAUUCGAGAUGUCCUCGAGGCCAUGAUCAAAGCACAUGAGAUUCAAGGUGUCUUGGCUCUGGAAAACUCGUUUAACAGAGUCGGUCUUGAUCAUGUUCUUCUGGUCAAGGUUGCUUCCGCUGCUGUUGUGAGCAAGAUGCUAGGUCUCACUGAGGAACAAACAAAAGCUGCCGUCUCUCAAGCUUUCGUCGACGGCCAGAGCUUGCGUACAUACAGACACACCCCCAACACCAUGUCCCGAAAGUCGUGGGCUGCUGGUGAUGCCUGCCAGAGGGCUGUGAACCUCGCUUUCAAGGUCCAACAAGGUCAAUCCGGUGUCCCAACAGUUCUCUCGGCUCCGGUUUGGGGUUUCUACGAUGUCCUCUUCAAGGGCAAGAAGUUCGAAUACCAGCGGCCUUAUGGUAGCUACGUCAUGGAGAACGUCUUGUUCAAGGUCUCUUACCCUGCCGAGUUUCAUUCACAAACGGCUGUUGAGGCCGCACAGAAGAUCUACAAGAUCCUCGCAGACAAGGGCAAGUCUGCAGCUGACAUCAAGGAGGUCACCAACCGCACACACGAGGCUUGUAUCCGAAUCAUUGACAAACAAUUCAAGCCUAUGGACAACUUUGCAGACCGUGAUCACUGCGUUCAAUACAUGGUGGCCACAAUGUUGGCCUUCAACCGUUUGGAAGCUACCGACUAUCUCGAUGGUGGUGAGGCUGCCUCUUCACCACUCGUUGAGAGCCUACGCAAGACUAUCAAAUGUGUCGAGGAUCCUCAAUUCACCAAGGACUACCAUGAUCCAUCCCUGAGAACCAUCUCCAACGCAUUGACUGUGACAUUGAAGGAUGGUACCGUCCUUGAUGAGGUCGUUGUCGAGGCCCCUCUGGGUCACAGACUCCGACGAGAUGAGGCCAAGCCAGAAAUUCUGGCCAAGUACAAGAGACACUUGAGCCACCACUUCGAUGAGGCAAAGAUCAAGGAUCUUUUGGCUCUAAGUACCGAUGCUUCCAAACUUGAUUCCAUGGAUGUUGACAGCUAUAUGGACCUGUAUGUCAAGGAGAAGAUGGACUGGUAA